UUCAGAAGCGAAGAAGAAAGAGAGAACAGACAACACAUUUAAACAGACACACGGAGAGAAACCUUGGAGAAGCCGCCUGGCUUUGACACUUGGAAAGACAGAUAGCCUGCCUGCAUCCCAGUGGAUUAUCAACUUCAUCAGGAUGCAAGCCGUGUCCCUCGCCCUCCUUUACCUGGGCUCCCUCUCCUUCCUCGGCCUGGAGGCUGCCAAGCUGGACCUGGCGUCAGACUUCAAGAGAAGGUGGAACAAGUGGGUCCGGCGGGACCUAGACGUCGGCCUUGAGCCCAAUGCGCCGACGCUGCUCCACCCGCAAGACACCAAGGACGAGGCCGGAAUGGCCCUGCCGCCCCGCAACUUCAUCUCCCCGAAGCCCGUCCACUUGAGAUACAGGCGCCACGCCCGCGGGGCCACGCCGGCGCUGGCCCACUUGAACGUGGUGCGCUUGGGCUGCCGCCUGGGGACGUGCAACACGCACAACCUGGCGCACAUGAUCUUCCACCUGACGGACAAGGAGAAGGACAGCUCGGCGCCCCCGGGCAAGAUGGAGGAGAUGGGCUACGGGCGCAGGCGGAGGCGCCGGGACCUCGGACACGUCCUCGCCGCCCGCUCCCUCCGCGCCCGCCCGCCCCCGGACUCCUCGCACUAGUCGGGAGGAGGACGAGGACGAGGGAGGCGCGGUUCUCUCCGUGAAGGGCACGCAGCCUCGCCUCCCUCGGCACCCAUCGCGGGGAGGGCGCCCACAGGGCCCUGGAGGCCCCACUGACCGCCCUCCCUGCUUUCUCUCUCUCAUACUUGAACGGACUUGGCCAGGCGAAGUGCAAUCGGACUCAGCGCGGAGUGAGUGUCGUGGUGGAUGUUGUUGCUGGAUGGAAGGAACUCUCUAGCCCCCCGUCUAUUUAAAAAGAGAUUUUUUUCCCCUUGCUAACCUCUCCAGCCUCUCCUUUUAAACUACAGAGUUAUUUUUAUAUAUAUUAAUGAUGUAUGUAUUUUGCAUUAUGGGCAUUAUUGGGGUUGCGGUGGUUUUGUAUUCUUUGUUAACUACUUUUUUUUUUUGUAAAACUAUUGGGAAUGCCGGCCUUUAUAUCCCUUGUUACUGUGUUUUUGUAAGUACUCUGAAUGUCCGCGUUUUACCAGUGGCAGCACCGGUUAAUAAUGGAGGAAAUUAAUGUUUCAAGCAGGCCUGGGCCAACUUGGGCCCUCAGGUAUUUUGGACUUUGACUCCCGCCAUUCCUCACAGCCUCAGGCCCUUUCCUUUCCUUUUCGCUUAAGCGGCUGAGGGGGGAAAGGAAGGGGCCUGAGGCUGUGAGGAAUGGCGGGAGUCAAAGUCCAAAACACCUGAGGGCCCAAGUUGGCCCAAACCUGCUCCAAAGUGUCAGAAUUUGCCAGAUGGAUUCAGUUUCUGAAAGCCAAAGACAACUUUGACAGCUUUAUUGGCAGCUUUGUCCCAGACACAUUCUGAAGCAACCCCUCGGACAGGGGUUCUCAACCUGUGGGUCUCCAGAUGUUUUGUCUUUCAGCUCCCAGAAAUCCUAACAGUUGGUAAACUGGCUGGGAUACCUGGAAGUUGUAGGCCAAGACACCUGGGGAUCCACAGGUUGAGAACCACUGCCCUAGGAGGUAAUUUUCAAAUUGGCACACUUCAAACUGAGUAUUUUCCACACUUCACAAAGUGUGUAUUUUCCAGUUCAUUCUUCCUUUUCGACGUCCAUGUCAAGAGUGCCUUACCCUGAAGCAAACGCGUGGCUCCUGCUCCGUCUGCUUACUGCUGUCCCUCUUUGGUGGGCCCACCUCUGGUUUUCAUUUUGGUCUCUGUUUUGGUGUCAUUGCCUCGCUCUGUGCUUCUCUGUCAUGAUUUAUCACAUUCCGGAUUGGUAAAAGAUGUACCCCCCCCCCAUUCCCGCCGAGGGCAGUAUGUGAACAAACAAUAAAACAUUAUCACAUCAAAA